UAAUUCAUUUACGUGAUACACUUUUCUCUAAAAUAAGCACGCUAGUUUAUCACACGUUCAGCUUAUAAUAUUUCAUUUUGUAUGUAAAUAUAGGUUUAUUGACUUUUUAAAUGUUGUCCGUAGGUGCAACAACAUCCAAAGCCUAUUUGUAUACGGAUUAUGGAACGGCCAAUCAGACGGCUGUUAAUUUUGAUGGACAAGUUAUCGUAACAAUAUUGGCGAUCUGACCGUGGAUUAGCGUACUACAAGAACAGCAUACUAUAGAGAACCGAACAAAAUGGAUUUAUAUUCAUUCAUACGCAAAGAUGAUUAGAAACUUACGAGAAUGGAGUUUACUUAGCGCAUAUCGUAUGAUUUUAAGAGUGUUAUUUUCUAAAUGGAAAAGAUGAACAAAAAUGAUUUAUGUAUUUAUUGUUUUCUGGUUUUGUCUUCGGUGUACAUUAGCUGAUCUGAACACCCAGUGUGAUACACACGAUCAGUCAAAGUCUUACAAUUCUUUCCUGUGGAAAGUGAAGAGAGACCCACCAGCAUAUUUCUUCGGAACAAUACAUGUACCCUAUACUAGGGUAUGGGACUACAUUCCAGAAAAUACAAAAAUGGCUUUUGAUCAGUCUGACAAUAUUGUAUUUGAAUUAGAAUUGACAAACCCUUACACAGUAUCUGCAUUAGCAAAUUGUCAGCUUCUCCCAGGGGGAGAAAAAUUAGCCAAUAUCUUGCCAGCCGAAAUUUAUACACGAUUAAAACAACAUUUGGAAUAUGUUAGAGUAAUGUUACCAGUUUGGAUGACAGCCGAUCAGAAAGGUCGAGGACUAUAUGCAGAUUAUUUGUUCAAUGCUAUAGCUGGAAAUUGGGAGAGGAAACGGCCAGUAUGGGUUAUGUUAAUGGUCAAUUCUUUGAAUGAACAUGAUAUCAAGUCUCGAGGAAUUCCAGUUUUAGAUCUAUAUUUAGCUCAGGUUGCAGAGAGGGAAAGCAAAGUUACGGGUGCUAUAGAACGGGUAGAAGAGCAAUGUGUUCCAUUAAAUGAUCUGAAUUUUUCACAGGUGGUGUUUGCAUUAAAUCAAACUUUAUGGAAACAUGAGCUUUCAAGACAAUUGAAAAGUGAAUUUCAGUAUACAACUGAGGAUUUAAUCCACCAUUAUAACUGUGGAGAUCUAAACUCUGUUAUAUUUAAUCACGAUUUAUCAAAUAUUCCAAAUCUAGUCAACAAUACGUUACCUCCUAAAGACUUACAGACAGCUAAACUCAUUGACAAUUAUUUUAGAAUGGAACUUAUAGAUAAAAGGAAUCAACGGAUGGCAGCUCGCUCUUCUAGUUUACUUAAAGCUCAUCCACAAAAAACUUUCUUCUUCGCUUUUGGUGCUGGUCAUUUUUUAGGAAAUGAUACAGUCAUAGACAAAAUGAAGAGAGAGGGAUUUGAAAUAGAACAUGUACAACCUGGUGAUGAAAUACCUCUGUUGAAUGGAGAGAAGAAAAGAAAACACAGGAGAAGAAAAUUAAAAGAUAAAAACAGUAUAUAUGGAGAUAUAUGGUUUGAUAUGGAUGAAGAAACUAGAGAAUGGUUAGAAAGACAAAGUGAAAGACAGAGAAAUUACAAAACAAGUUUCACAAAACCAUUCAAUGAUUUGUGGAUUAGAAUGGAUGCUAACAGUCCUAACUUAUACUCAAAGUUAGCAGAGAAAUAUGGUUACGACAGGACAGAGAGACCAACAGACGUCCCAUAUUCCAGAGCAAGCACCUGUUACUGCAGCAUUCAAAUGCUCAUUCUAUUUGUGAUACUAUUCAUUUAUCAUUCCUAAUUGACUGUCUUUCUAUUGUGUUAAUAUGUGCAAUAUAGAUGUAUUGUAAAUGUAUUCCAUAAUGUGUACAGUGUAGACUUAAAGCAUACUGGAUCAAAGAGAAAAUCCAUUUUUUUUUAUCCUAAAUAGUUUUUUUUAUUUCAAUUUCCCAUUUUUUCCAAAAAUUGGCAAAGGGAGACAACUUAUAGGUAUGACAACAGUUUUGUAAUUAGGUACAUUUAACAUGAAACCAACAUAAAGAGUGGCAUAAAAGCACUGGUGGUUUUACUACACAGCAUAUAAUUUAUGAGUUUCUAUGUGCCAUUUUUGAAAGAAUAUUAUUUAACAGUUAUAUAAGAAUAUAUCUGGAAUAGGACUGUCCUUUUUAUUGGUUCUAAAUAAAUUUUCCUAAAAAUCCAUGGUAUUCUAUCAAUUAUAUUCAAAAUACACAAAUACAAGAAUUCAUUUUAUGUUAUUGGGCAUGAUUUUUAUGAGUUGCUGUUUCAAAAAUAUGUUUUGCAGUUUUAUCAUUUACUUCUAAAGCCACUAUGAAUAUUGAUAUUGUUUAGUGGUUAUUUUUUCUCUAUGAAAACUAUUAUAGGGACAAUAUCAAGCCAAACUUUUCCUUUUUUUUGUGUACAUCAUUUUCAAGUUUGUAGUACAUUAUUGUAUCUAUUAUUUUUAAUGUCAGUUGUGAUUUUCAGGAUUAACAAAUUGUGUAUUGUUUUUGUUUUUUUGUUUAUUUGUGAAUAUUUUUUUGUGGGAAUUGGGGGAUAAACAGUCUUACAUCCCUAGUAUUUCUCAUGUCCAUUUUGAAAUAAGCCAUUUUUGAAAUUAAAAAUUACAAUUUGUUCAGAAUUACUCCCUUUCUGAGGUGCUACUGGUUUCCAGUAAUGAUACAGUUAAAAGCAUUUUCUUUCAUUAUUUGAUUGAUAUUUAUUUCAUAUUAACUUCAAACAUAGUUCUUGCAGCAAACCAGUUCUACUUGCCACAGAGAAGAUUUAAUCAUUUCACAAUCAAAAUUCAAGGUUCCUAAGAUAAUUAUAUACAUGUUUAUAAACUACUGACCAAUAAUUCAAGCCUUAGACACUGCCUCUGAUUUUUCCACCUUAUUAGGGCAAAUAAAGUGGUUGUAGUGAGUCAAAAAUAACAACUGGAUUAUUGAGUUUUAUAUACAUGGCAUUAAAUCCAGACAGUCAUUCUUUUAUAGAACAUUUCCAUGUAUUUUAUUUUUCUAGUCAGAAAAUGAUUGAACUUUAAUAUUGGCAUUGACAUUGAAAUGAAACAUUUGUUUACACAUUAAGACAACUGUAUGAUUUUAGUAGCAGUCUAUAUAUCUUCUUUACAAUUUGAGGAUAGCUAUCCCAAAUGGUUGAUUGAUCUUUAGCAAUUGUUUAAUGCCUGUCUUUCAUUAAUCAUCACUUUUAAUUUUCAAAUUCAUAAUUGUCCAAAGCUGACAGAAAGGAUUUUAAGAAUCAUUUGGGAUUUCUUCAACACCUUAUUAUGGCAUUAUACACCCUCUAUUUUAUUUAUUCCAUUCAGUGAUUUUUUGGUCUCAACGUGAAAAAUUUGACUCCACCAUUUUAUCUUACCUAGAGGGAUAAACAUCUUGUAACUGCCUCUAAUCCUAAACCUUAAAUAAUUGAAUUUAUUCAUUGUGACUGUUGUUCUUAAAUUAGAUCAAUUCUCAAAAAAUGCCAAAAUGGUAGUUUAAUUCAAUUGAAAGCAAACACAUGCCUCAUACUACUGUGGAUUCAUUGAUUUUGUGGAUAACAACUUUUGUGGAUUGUGGAAAAAUUUUAUUUUCAAGGAUUUUUUUUAUUUUUCAUGGUUUUUCAAUGUCUCCAUAUAUAAGCCUAUAAAGAAUAAACAACUCUGGAUUUAGUUCAUAAUACUUUAAAUGAUGUUGUUUUAUUCUGUUAUCAGAAUCCUUUGGGUUAAUUCUGUUAUCUGUAACAAGGAAAAGUUUAUCAACUUAUAACAUUUGUUUGAUAUAUGUAUUUGAUAUUGUAGCCCCUUUUCAUCCAAUGCUAUGAUAUUUUGGUAUAUAGAUUGCCAGGACCAUUAUCUGGACAUUCUUCUAUUUCUCUGGCCUUUGUUAGUCUUGUAUGUUUUUUAGAUUUUGGCUCGUUUAUGUUUCGGAGUUUAGUGUGACGUCCAUUUUCACUGAGCUAGUACGGUAUACAAUAUUAUUUAGGGGCCAGUUGAAGCUUGCCCCCAGGUGCAGGAUUUUCUCGCGGUGUUGAAGACCCAUUGGUGGCCUUGGGCUGUUUUCUGCUCUUUGGUCGGGUUGUUGUCUCUUUGACACAUUCCCCGUUUCCAUUCUCAAUUUUAUUGUAUUUCUUUGUUCACAAACUUUUUUAUUUUGAUAUGAGUAGGUUAUCCCUGGUUUAUGCACAUAUCAUUUACAUUAAUAUAAUUAAAAUUUGACCUUGAGAAUAUCUAGCACUAAGAAUAAUCAAGUCUUAAAAUGUAAACUGUAGUCAAUAUUUAAGUGAAUCAAAUAUGUAUUCAUCAUGAAUGUCAAGAAGGCAUUAUAUUUUUGUGUUUUCUUAAGAUUUUCUUAUUUCAAAUGUUAAUUUUAGAUUAUAAAUUGACAAUUAUUUGUUAGCAAACAAAAUUCAAUACUCAUUGCAUGUAAAUAUUUUUUGUGAUACUAAAUUAUUAUCAGCGAUAAAAAAUCCCAUGAACGCAGUGCUAAGAAAUAGUUCUGGGUAAUUUUAUUGUUUGUAUUUAACAAAAACAGGUAGUUUCAUUGUUAUUUCUUUUCACUUGUUUAUAUUGAAACUGGUUGUGUUCAUUGCAAUAUUUUGAUGUAAUUCAUAAUUUCACAGUUGUACCAUGGGAGAUAACUCCGAAACUACCUCAGAGUAUGUUACACAUGAUAUUUAUUUAACACCAGGUGAUGUUAAAUAAAAAUGUUUAAAAAAAAACUUGUUAUUUUUGCC